AUGUCUACUGAGGAUGAUGAUGAUGACAAUGUUCAGGAGGAUCGUGGGAGUGAGUCUCGAUAUUACAACACACAUUUUCCUAAUCCUAUUAUGCCUGUUGUUCAUCCUCCUCCAUACGCAGAAAUAGACUUCGAUUUGCUGAGGGUGGAUCCUUAUGAUAGGCCAGAAGGCCGUUCCUUUUGGGAUUCUUCUAAAGAGUUUUCAAUUGGGAUGAUAUUUUCUUCGAGAGAUGCAAUGGCUGCGGCUGCAAAAGAAUAUCAUCUAAGACAUCAUCAUCAAUUUUGUUAUCAUGAAACAAGAGAGAAGACUUAUUCUAUAAAGUGUAAAGACAAAGACAGUGGGUGUGCAUGGAGGCUUCGAGCAUCCAAGAAAGAAGGAGAGGAUGUAUGGAAGAUUACAAGAUAUAGUGGACCACACACAUGUACGAAUCCUCAGGUGACAAAAAACCAUAGCCAAUUGGAUGAAAAUUUUAUUUGUUCAUUUAUCUUUGCAUUAAUUGAACAGCAGCCCGAUAUAAAAAUUGCUGCCCUACAAAAUGAAGUGCGUGAUAAAUAUGGAUACGAGCCGUCUUAUCAGAAAACAUGGAAAGCUAAGCAGAAGGCAAUUGCAAGGCUUUAUGGGGGUUGGGAUGAAUCAUACAGUCGUUUGCGUAGAUUCAUGACUGCUCUUCAUCAUUUUUACCCAGAAACAGUAUACAUGAUUGAAGAUAAUCCACAUUGGAUAAAUGAGCAAUUAAAUCCGAUGUGUCGUGUAUUUGACCGUAUGUUUUGGGCUUUUAAGCAAUCGAUUGAGGGAUUUAAAUAUUGCCGACCUGUUAUCUCAAUCGAUGGGACAUUCUUAUACGGAAAAUACACCGGGUGUAUACUGUGUGCAACCGCACUUGAUGGAAAUAAUCAACUAUUUCCAUUAGCUUUUGCCAUUGUGGAUAAGGAGGACGGGGACAAUUGGUCAUGGUUUAUGGAUUGCUUAAGGAUCUUUGUAACCAACCGAGAAGAUUUGUGUGUAAUUUCAGAUCGACAUGCUGGAAUUUUGAAGGCGAUGCAGAAAGAUUGGUGGCAACCUCUAGCUGGUCAUCAUCGUUACUGCAUCAGACAUGUUUUGAGUAAUUAUAAUAAGACAUUAAAAAAUGUAGCAAUAAAGGAAGCGUUGCGCAAGGCAGCGAAUGAAAAUCAGAAAAGAAAGUUUUACGAAGCAAUGAACAAUAUUCGGGAGGUGCACCCUGAAUCAUACGAUUGGGCAAUGAAGAUAAAUUUAGAGAAGUAG